CACCGCGGCUUUUAAGGGCAAUUUGGGGCGGCAUUAACGACGUCUGAAAACACGUGAUCGCAGCGACCGUGAGCUUUAAAAAUGUUUGUUCUGGGAGAGUAAAGCAGGAGAGGAAGGGGAUUUGGAGAGCGGGGAGCUCGCUCGGAUCGGCGCUGGCCACUCUGAAGCUCGGGCGAUGAACCGGCGACACCAGCGGUGCACGGCGCAGCUUCGGGUUCGACGCCUUGACACGCCGAUGUGCACCAUUGACCAGGAUGUCUGGCAGGAAGAUCUCGUCCGAAUCGUUCAGCUCCACCAGUUCGGAUUACCCCGAGAGCCCCGAGGACGCCGGCUGUCCCUUUUCGCGGCUGUUGAAUGGGAAGAGCUCGGUUUCGGGGAGCAGAUCGGCAGCCCGGCGGCGCGUUAACCUGGACUGUCUAGGAGCGAGCAUCCGGAAACUUGUCCUUCCCACGCCACAGACAUUACAGUGGGCUCUACAGAGGACCUUGCGUUAUUUUGAACAGCAUGAAAUCAGAGAAUUAGAAAGAGACCUGCGGCCAUCAAACAGAUACCAGGACACAGAUCAUUCUGUCAGUGAGGAGCUGGAAGAUGUCUCAGGAAUACUGCAGUGUUCAGCAAAUGUCCUUGGUUUGAAGUUUGAAGAAUUGCAAGCAAAAUUUGGUGAAGAGCUGUUCUGCAUCUGUUUUGAAGAGAAUGAACGAGUCCUACGGGCAGUCGGCAGCACAUUGCAGGAAUUCUUUGGGGGUUUUGAUGCUUUGCUGGAGCACGCAAGAACAUCUAGAAGUAAACAGGAUGAGUUUGAAUCCCCUUCUUUCCUAUGCAAGGAACUACCCAAUGGUACUUUGAAACUUCAUUACUUUUAUCCACAGAAAAUAGUUGGAUUUGCAAUGCCCGGAUUGAUAAAAGCAGCGGCGCAGAAGAUUUAUCAGAUGGAAGUAGACGUAGAGCAGGUGCACAAUAUUGAUGAGAAACUGACCUCAGCUGGCAUAAACCGGAGCAAUUGCCUCACCUUCAUUAUCAAAGUAUAUAAUGAAGCAACAAAUGUGAACUUGCUUCCACAGGGACUAACGCAUUCCCCGUCCGAUCUAAGGAUAAGCAUCAACACUUUCAGCAGAGCUUUCCCAUUUCAUUUCAUGUUUGACCCAAGUAUGUUGAUCCUUCAGCUUGGAGAAGGGCUCAGGAAACAACUGAAAUAUGACACUCAUACGAUUCUGAGGUUUCAGGACUGCUUCGAGAUAGCUUCCCCAAAGAUUUGCUGUACUUUCCAAUGGAUUCUAUCAAAGCUGGCCACACCAUUUGUCAUUCGUGCCAAGCCAGAAGGUACUGGAUUCGAACAUCACGACAAAGUGAUGGAGAUAAAGGGACAAAUGAUUUAUGUGCCUGAAUCAAACUCUAUCCUGUUCCUGGGCUCACCAUGUGUUGACAAACUAGAGGAGUUAAUGGGACGAGGCUUGCAUCUCUCGGACAUACCCAUCCAUGAUGCUACCCGAGAUGUUAUCUUGCUGGGUGAGCAAGCUAAAGCCCAGGAUGGCCUGAAGAAAUGCAUGGACAAGUUGAAAGCAACUCUUGAAAAUGCACAUCAAGCCUUAGAAGAAGAGAAAAAGAAGACGGUGGACUUGCUGUAUUCGAUUUUCCCAGGUGACAUUGCUCAACAGCUAUGGCAAGCAAAAUCCGUGCAGGCAAGAAAGUUUGACGACGUCACCAUGCUUUUCUCGGACAUUGUUGGCUUCACAGCUAUUUGUGAACAAUGCACCCCGAUGCAAGUGAUCAGUAUGCUGAACGAACUAUACACCAGAUUUGACUACCAAUGUGGAAUCCUGGAUGUGUACAAGGUUGAAACAAUAGGUGAUGCAUAUUGUGUGGCUGGAGGAUUACAUAGAAAAAGCAGCAAUCAUGCUAAACUCAUCGCCCUGAUGGCAUUAAAGAUGAUAGAACUGUCGGAGGAAGUACAGACACCCAAUGGAAAGCCCAUUCAGUUACGGAUUGGGAUUCAUUCUGGCUCAGUACUAGCAGGAGUCGUUGGUGUAAAAAUGCCUCGUUAUUGCUUGUUUGGAAACAACGUGACCCUGGCCAGCAAGUUUGAAUCAGGAAGUCAACCAUGCCGCAUUAAUGUCAGUCCCACAACAUACCAGAUAUUGAAGGGAGAUGAGAACUUCAAGUUUAUUCCACGCUCACAAAGUGACCUUCCAGAAAACUUCCCAAAAGAAAUUCAUGGAAUAUGUCAUUUUCUAGAGGCUAAUGUUUCUCUGAAUGCAUUAACAGUGAUAAGCAUGCCCGCUUGCACAAGGAGAAAAUCAUACAAUAUUGGGACUAUGUUCCUUCGUGAGACCAGUUUAUGAGAUUAAGUGCAUUACAGAGAAUGGAUCUGGAACACGCCUUGCAUACCUAAAAGGACCAAACAGUGGACACAAACAUCCUUAAUAGCAACAUGCCUCAAAGCUGAAUUUGCAGAAAUCAAAUUAAAGAUGAUAGAUGUACAACACAUUGACUGAAGGUGUGUCUUAAUUUCUGAUAAGGUGGGGCAGAGAAGGCAAAGUUAGUAGCAUUCAGUUUUAAGUAAUUUUGUAUGCCAAAACUGCUUUCAGUUAUUUGGACAAUUCGCACACAUUUUUUAACCAUUCAAAAUGUAUCUAUUCAUAAUUCCUACAUUAGAAACAAAUAUAUGCAAGUGUAACAUUGCCUUUGGUUCAAACUGAGAGUUCUGACUGAUUUUACACUGUAGUUCAUGGGAUACGGAUUUUACAGUGUAAAUUAUCAGAAUGGGGGGCAAAGGUGAGUUAGUUGUAUCGCGGACAAUACGUAUUAUAGGUAAAGACCUCCAGAUGAUCUUUUUAUUAAAUGUAUACAGCUUGGUGUCCACAGAAUCAUGUCCAGUUGGAAAUUGAGAAUAUGCCAUUAAAACUGUUAAUAAUCAAAUAUACUGUUUAAUAUCUCACUAAGAAAGACACAUUGGCGAUAUGAUAGGCAAAGUGGUUUCCCUCUGCAAUGUAAACUUUUGUGAUUCUGUCCUCUGAGCUUUCUAUUAAUGCAUAAUAUAAAACUAUGUAUAAAUGUACACUGCUAUCAUCUGUAAAAACUAUUUUGCAAUGUCUGCCAAAAAUAAACAUC